CUGCAGUGAAUUCAUUGCCUGCAAAAGGUUUCAUGUCAUGCUCAAAAAAAGUGUCAAGGGAAACGUCGCAUUCAAGAUGGUUGCAUUUAUUUUCUUUGUGCUUACGUUCUUGAUUUAUGAUAUAGUCUAUGUCUUGGGCCAGUUUAAUGCUCCGUAUGAUUUUGCAUCAAAAACACAAGGAGAGAGAUCAGAUGAACUUUCUCCUGCCGCUAUUGCUGGAGUAAGCUUCGCGGUUGUGGCCAUCUUUGCCGCUUUAGUUGUUACGAUUUUAUUCUGCUAUUACGUUCACAGAAAGCAGAAGCAAGAAGAACAUGCAUCAGGCUCUUUCCUCGCAUCCAGGGCUGGAUAUUGACUUUCGUUAUUGUCCGCUUCAGAGCAGUCAUUCAUCAUCGUCAAGUAUUCCAGAACUUCCAACAACUAUCUUUGUGCAACGAUUUUCCUUCUUAUGAACUGCCACUAUUUCUAACCGCUGCCGUCUUUUUCCUGCCACAAGAGGAAUAUAUUUGGUACGCUGUAGAAAGUUGAAGUUUAAUAAAUAUGCUGCUUAAAUA